CUCUAGAAAGUAGCCACCUCAUCUUUGUCAGCCGUAGAUUUUAUUUGAUUUAAAUUGUGAGCUAUGGCGAGGGCGGCUUUUAUCGUGUGCCUUCUGAUGGCCUGUGCCUGGAGCGGCCACGCCGUGAUGUUCAAGCUGACGCCGAACACCCAGAAGUGCCUCAAGGAAGACAUCCAGGCGAACCAACUGGUGAUGGGCGAGUACGAGGUGACCGACGUGCCCGGUCAAAUCAUCGACUAUAUAGCUCGCGACACCAAGGGACACAUCCUGUCGCAGAAGGAGCACAUCACCAAGGGAAAAUUCAGCUUUAUGUCCGAGGUGUACGACGCCUACGAGAUCUGCUUCAUAUCCAAAGUGCCUGCACAUCAACGCGGUGUUGUUCAGGAAGUAUCACUCCUGACGAAAAAGGGUGUGGAGACCAAAAGCUACGAAGGCAUUGGGGAGGCCGCCAAGCUGAAGCCCCUGGAAGUUGAUCUUAAGCGUUUGGAGGACCUUUCCGACUCCAUUGUGCGAGAUUUCGUCCUUAUGCGCAAGCGGGAGGAGGAAAUGCGCGAUACCAAUGAGAAAACCAACAGCCGCGUCCUGUUCUUCAGCAUCUUCAGUAUGUGCUGUCUUCUGGGUUUGGCGACGUGGCAAGUUCUGUACCUCCGCAGAUACUUCAAAGCCAAAAAACUCAUCGAAUAGUCGUCUAGCCGUAGUCUUAAUGCGUGUGUGGAUCUGUGUUUUGAAUACCCGGUUUAAUUCCUUUCAUCUUUUGAACGUUUUUCUGAAAUAAAUGCAUCUACCACGUA